AAGUCCAUGUUCAUUGCACAAUUUACAACCCCUGAUUGUAAAAGAGCUAUAAUAAGGAACACAACCUGAACAGCUGAUUUAUUAUUACAGCGGCUAACUAAAAUAUGUAGCGUCGCUCUCUCAAAUAUUGUAAACACAAAAUUAUCUAUCAGUUGCAAUUGUUUGAAUCAAGUGUAUUUGAAUAACAAUAUUAAUUAUAUUAUUUAUUAAAAUGUUGCAAACGCAACAUUGUAUCUAUUUCGGUAGAGUUUUAAUGAACCAAAAUGGUGAACUUUUUAUAUUAUGUACAAAUUGUCAUAAAGACUUCGAUAGCAUCAAUAAAUUUCGUGUGCAUUUGGAAGAAUGUUCAGGACUUGAACGUUUUUUUCAAACAAAUUUAAAAUUAAUCUAUAAUAGUAAGAAGAGUGAACAUUUGUUUCAAAAAACAGAUAAUGGUGUAAAUGAGCUAUUUAUAUACAACUACCAAGACGUACAAAAACUGAACAAUGAAACAACGUACGCAGUAACAAGCAAUGGCAAUUGUGACAAUUUAAUGGCGCUUAUUGAUAUCGACGAGGAAUUACAUGAUUCACGCUGGUAUAGUGAGCUACCCACAUCAACGCAGAAUAAUAAUCAAUGCACAAGAGACCCAAAAAAAUACAGUGAGCUUGUACAAGAAGUAACACCUUUUGUGCAAUUUAAAGAAAAUGUUAAAAAUAACACAUCGACGUGUAUUGCAACAAAGAAUAAAAAAUUACCAACUCUACCACAAAAAAAUCCAUCUGGUAAACAAAUGCAGGUUGCUAAGUCAAAUUUGGUGGAAUCGAAAAUAACACCAGUGGACAAACGUGCAAAGAGACGUUUAGUUUUGGAUAAACCACCUAUGGUAGUACCAGAAAAGCCAAAGCCAUCACCGUUUUUAGAAGUGUUACAGGUGGCGCCAGAUGUUAAGGUUUGUCCGAAAGAAGGUGCAGGCACAGUAAAAUCAAAUGCAACAACAAGUGCACCUAUUGUAAAAACUGUAGUAUCCACAAAUAAUGCUAAAUCCAAUUUUAAUAAAUCAGGAACACAAGCUAUAAACCAACGUUAUCGUAUUUCAGUACCAGCUAACGCUAAAAAUUCGAAUAAGAUAUUACCAACAGCAAAGGAAAAAACAGAAACUGUUAGUAGUACAUUGUCAUAUCAGUUAUCACCAAUUCCAAAGCGUCGUAAAAUUGAAAAUAAUACUUCAGCAGGUGUGAAAUGUAAAACUAUUGAAGAGUUCAAAGUAGGAACGAAUACAGUCAGUAAACUUGAAACGUAUCAAGUGGGUACUUUUCAAGAAGAAUCCAAUUUGAACAAAAAGCAAACCCAAAAUAAAUCCAUUCAAUUGAGCACACCAACUUCAAAUAAGAAUCUCAUUAAAACUAACACAGUCACAAGUGCCACAAGUGGAAACCAAGGAAAACAAAAAGAAACUGAACAAAUUUUAAACAAAUUACAAACCUUAGGCUUAAAAGUUAAACGCACCACUAAAAUAGAUACCAAAAACUCAACCAAACCCGAAGGAAAAGCAUCCGCUCAAACAUUAGAAAUAAUUAAUAAACUUAAGUCAAACGGAAUGAAUAUUAAACUUGUGUCUUCAAACACAAGUUCCAUGCCAGUGUUAGCAACAGUAACGCCAAAGCCUUCGACGCUUUUAAGUAAUAACUCAAACGUUCCAGCAGCGCAUAGCAUACUGUUAAAGAAAACUAUAUUUAAGAAAGUUUAAAAUGGUUUAAUUUGUCUCCCUAUUACUUAGUAGAUGCUAUUAAGUAUUAUUUAUAAUUAUAAGUAUAAGAAGUAG